AUACUUAUACCCUGCGUUCAUACUUAUCUGCGUUCAUACUUAUACCUGUGUCACAUACAUGAAUUAAGCUAUUUGACUAAUCAACCAUUCUUUGCGUCGCUAUGAUUCUGAGACGACUGUGCUCGAGCGGCGGAUGCCUUUGUUCGCGAUAAGCCCUGUCGACUAUGUGCAGCGACAGUGCCAACAAUGCAAAUCUUGAAUGGAGUAAUGAAGCUGGCUGGCUCGUGAUAACGAGCUGGCAUAACAAGCUCGCCGGUCAACAAAGUCAACCGCGCGUUGACCGGGGCGUUUCCACUCUGCAAAUGGGCCCGGCGUAGUACCCUGUGAUUGCUGGCUCAGGUCGCUGAGCCAGGCGCAAUGGCGUACAUUAGCUCAAGGUCCGCCGUGCGCGCGCCCGUUUUCGCGGCUGGUGUCACGGUUGCAGGUUGGGCUGCGAGCUGAUGGCGCGCGGUCAGUCUCAGUGCCCACCGUGCUCGCGCCCCUUGCCGCGGCUGGUGUCAAGCCCGCAGGGUAUGGAGCUAGCUGCUGGUGCUAGGGCUUGGUUUCAGGUUAAGGCCCGCCAUGCUCGCGCCCUUUCCCGCGGCUGGAUGGUGUCAAGCCCGCAGGGCAUGGAGCUGGCUACAGUUGCUAUGGCGUUUGCAAUCAGGUUACAGCCCACCGUGCUCGCGCCUUUCCCGCGGCUGGAUGGUGUCAAGCCCGCAGGUGGGCUACUGGCGCGAGGACUGCAGUCAAGCAGGAUGGUGUCAAGCCCGCAGGUGGGCUACUGGCGCGAGGACUGCAGUCAAGCAGGAUGGUGUCAAGCCCGCAGGUGGGCUACUGGCGCGAGGACUGCAGUCAAGCAGGAUGGUGUCAAGCCCGCAGGUGGGCUACUGGCGCGAGGACUGCAGUCAAGCAGGAUGGAUGGUGGGGCGAGCUAGGACAUAUGCUACGAUGUUGGCGCAUGGUGUCGAUGAUGGUGCUGCUUAGUGCUCAAGUGGCUGCUAUGGAUUGUGGAGGCCAGACCAUGCCUAGUCACUUGUGUGAAUCAGCUUGGAGGUAGGCUGAGUGUUGACUUCCCAGCUGCAAGGGACUUCGUCCCUGUGCGUGGUCUUGUGCGGGGCAAGGCGGGGCAAAUGCGGGGCAAGGCGGGGCACGACCACUGCGGUCUUGUAACAGCUGUUGGAU